CCCGAAUCAAUCUCCAAUCAGAAUUCCUAGGGUUCAAAUUUCGAAUCUCCUUCUCCUUCUUCUUCCCUUAACAAUGCCAGAUUAAACCAAAAAAUCCGAAACCCGACCCACUUCGAAAACCUCACCAAAGUUCCAAUCUUUACCAACCCCACCCCCUCCUCUCCAACCGAAUCGCAUUCUCCGAGAUGGGCAUUGACGAAGAAGAAGAAGAUCCAAGAAACCGAUCAUCUCUUCCACAGACAUUCAAGCACUUCCACAGAGACUUACUCGCGGGAGCCCUAAUGGGCGGCGUCGUCCACACCAUCGUCGCCCCAAUCGAGAGAGCCAAGCUCCUCCUCCAAACCCAAGAAAGCAACCUCGCCAUCGUCGGCGACUCCUCGGGGAAGAGACGCUUCAAAGGAAUGUUCGAUUUCAUCCACCGCACGAUCCGCGAAGAAGGGGUUUUAUCUCUGUGGAGAGGUAACGGAAGCAGCGUCCUCCGUUACUACCCUUCCGUAGCUCUCAACUUUUCUCUCAAGGAUCUUUACAGAAGCCUCCUCCGUAACAGCUCUGCGCAAGAGAAUCAUGUCUUCUCCGGGGCCUUGGCUAAUUUCAUAGCUGGCUCUGCUGCGGGAUGCACUGCUUUGGUUGUUGUUUACCCUCUUGAUAUAGCUCAUACUCGUUUAGCUGCGGAUAUCGGGAAGAAGGAGGCUCGUCAGUUCCGCGGGAUUCAUCAUUUCUUGACGACGGUUCGGGCCAAAGACGGGGUUAGAGGGAUCUACAGAGGGUUGCCUGCUUCUCUACACGGUGUGAUUGUUCACCGGGGGUUGUAUUUCGGUGGGUUUGAUACGGUUAAGGAGGUUUUGUCGGAAGAUAAGGAGUUGGCGUUGUGGAAGAGAUGGGUUUUGGCUCAGGGUGUGACGACUUCGGCUGGUUUGGCUUCUUAUCCGUUGGAUACGGUUAGGAGGAGGAUCAUGAUGCAGUCUGGGAUUGAGCGUCCGAUGUAUAGUAGUACGUUGGAUUGUUGGAGGAAGAUUUAUAGGGUUGAAGGGUUGAGUUCUUUUUACCGUGGCGCGCUUUCUAAUAUGUUUAGGAGUACUGGUUCGGCUGCGAUCUUGGUUUUUUAUGAUGAGGUGAAGAAGUUCUUGAAUUGGGGAGGGAUCUAAAGAGGUAAUGUGAAUUAAACAAGUCAGGAGAAGUAUGAUUGAUUCAUUUUGAUACUACACCUUAACAAGGAGACACAUGUAGGUUUAGUUGGGUAAUAUUCGUUUUUUUACACUUAUGCAUAUUGAUUCUUUUCUUUCUUGUUAUAGACUUUGUUUGUAUGAGGAGGAACAAAAGAAGGGAAUCUAUUUUGUAAAUAAAAGAACAUGGAUUUGCAUUCUUUUCCUUUUAUUAAAUUUGUUAUCAAUCAUUAUGGAUAGAAUAACGACAGGAGAUA